CGGUGAGGCUUUUGCUAGGUUUUGGCACAACCGCCGCACAAACGCUCGCGUCUCCUCCCCUCCCGGCGGCUGCCGUUUCCGCUCGACUCGCCGGAGCGGACCACCCGUCGAAGCCUAGAUGGCGAAGGGCGACGACGCGCUGGCGCGGAAGCGCAACCGGGUGCGCCGCAAGCGCCUGCGCAGCAGCGAGAACGCCGUCUCCGCGCGGGUCGCGGCAAUCAUCGCCUCCAAGCGCCGCCGCAAGUCCGGCAAGCGCCGCGGCUGCGAGGGCAUGUGCUUCUCGCUCCCCACGCCCGAAGACCCCUUCAACGAGCGCCACGGGAAGAAGCGCAAGGACGAGGAGCCGACCGACGACACACCUGACGCCGCCGUCGUGGCCAAAGAUGACGGCCCCAAGAAGAAGGACGCGAACACUAAAAAGCAGCCGCCGGCGAAGGCCAAGUCGAAGGCCAUGCGCGAGCGAGCGACGGAACCGGAAGAGGGCCGUGUGGACUUCGACCGGCCGUCCAAGUUCCUGGUAGUCUGCCUUAACGCCAUCCGGGAUACUGUAGCGCCCGAGGACGGCGGCGGCAGCAUCCAUGGCGCCGGCGACUGGGGCGUGGAGCUCUGGAGGUGCUUCUCCGCGCCGGCGCCGUCAGACGUUCUCGAUACUAGCGGCUCGUGCGCCACGGUGGAGCAGACAGCGUGGCUCGUCUCCACCGCCUGCGACAUCGUCGUCAGGAAGGAGAGGCUUGGGAUGGUCGUCUCCUGCCCCUUCCUGCUGUACCUCGUCCCGUCCCAGGAAAAGGCCGCGCGAGUGCGAUCGAUAUGCAAACCCCUGAAGCCUCUUGGGAUUCAUUCAGUGAGCUUGCAUCCUGGUGCUUCCAUUGAACACCAGAUCUCUGGACUAAAAACUUGUGAGCCGGAGUUUCUUAUAGCUACCCCUGAGAGGCUUCUUGAACUUGUGUCUUUAAAGGCGAUUGACAUAUCAAGUGUAUCAAUGAUGGUCAUUGAUGGAUUGAAAUAUUUCCUGGACCUCGGUGUCAGUGACAAAAUAUUUUCUAUUAGAGACGCCAUAUCAAGCAAUUUUCAGAUCACAGUCUUCACUGACCCAUCUGACAAAAGCGUUGCAACUAUGGCUAAAAAUCUACUCCGCGGAAGAAUUACAAAACUCUUUAUCAACAAUUCUGUUUCUUCACGAAGUGCUUUUGUAACGCAGCAAGUACACUUCUGUCCAUCGGUGGAGCUGAAAACAUCGAAGGUCAAGGAAAUCCUUGAGCAGAUUUUGCAGAGACACGCUAAAAAGUCAUCAAAGGUUCUGCUAGUAGCUGCAAGCAAGAAAAAUGCACAGCACCUAUCAUCAUCACUUAAACUGGAAAAUUGCACAGUGACUGAUGACUCACAUGGCAACUCUUUUACCAUAUGCAGCAGUGUGGGACUAAUGAAUGUACAUGUUAAAGACCGGGAGAACAUGGCGAUGACAGAUGUAGAGGAAUUUGAGACUGUGUUGUUGGUUGAUUUGCCUCCUUCAGUCGAUGAAUACAUUGAGAUCCUCACUGGGGUUGCUCCUCAGACGAUUGGAGGGGAGGUCCAUAGUAUCUUCUGUAGCACUGAUGCUCCAGCUGCGAAACCUUUGGCUGAGCUUCUUGCAAACUGCAGGCAGGUGGUGCCUGAAUUUCUCAAAAAAAUGGAGUCUUCAUAGCAGACUCGAUUACCCUAUCAGAGUAGCCAGAUUAUAUCGUGGUGAUUUGGGUUAGUUGCUGCCAUUUGUGGCGCUUCUUUUCACCAAUCAAUUUUGAAAUUUCUGGAUGUAGUUCUCAUUUGUAAUUGUAAGCACUACAAUGAUAUUCAGGCCUCUGCCUUGAUGUACUACACUACUACUAGCUCUUGUGAAAUGUGAAUGCCUUGAAGCCCAUUUUCUGGAA